AAGACAUCAGUCUAGAGUCAGCAGCGUCUAGGAAAGAAAGACCGCAAAUUCCCUGGACGGUCGCAACCUCGACAAUAUUUCAACGGCCGAUUAUUCCCGCGGGACGCUUCCACGCGCGCGAGAGAGAUACAUAAACUCGCGGGAGAGCCCCUAACAAUUCUCUCGGAGUUGGAGGAUCGAUUUUAUUACUGGCAAACGAAGGGCUGAGGAGGCCGAACAGCGGAGAGAGAUAGAGAUAAGAGAAGAGAAGCUGCGGGUCGAUUCGCUGGCUACACGGCUCGUCGCACUUGAUUUCAAUGGCCGGGAUGCUCGGACACUCGUCGUCGCCCGUCGUAUUGCUGCUGCUGCUGCUCCUGGCGGCGGAUCUUCGCGCGGGGGCCUUCAACAUUCUGGGAAUCUGCCCCAGCACGAGCUACAGCCAUCAACAACCCUUCCAGGCUUUGAUGAAGGCCCUCGCACAAAGAGGGCAUAAAGUGACUGUUAUUUCGCCGGUUCCGCUCAAGAAACCCAUGGAAAAUUACACCGACGUCGAUCUGUCCUUCACUUACAAGACUGAGGACUGCACGAAGCUCAGAUUCAUGAGCGCCUACGAGAUACUCCGGAAGAACAUGGAUUCGUCGAACGAAUUGUGCGAGAAGCAACUUUUCAGCCCCGCCGUCGCGGAGCUCGUUGAGCGAAACGAGAAAUUCGAUGCCAUUGUUAUUGAACAACUGUGGUUUCAAUGCUACUACAGUUUGGUGAAGUUCUACAAUUAUCCGGUGUUGAUUGGAUUUUUAAGCGUGGGAAAUCUUCCUUAUGCUAUGGACUCUGUUGGAAAUCCGGAUGAUCCUUUUCUUAAUCCGGAUAUGGCUUAUGCUUUCACUGGCAGAAUGAAUUUCGGAGAAAGAGUUUGGAACUACCUGUACACCACGUAUACACGGAUCUACUACAAUUAUCGUCAUCUGCCGGAGGCUCAGAAAAUAGCUGAAAGAUUUUCACCGGGAGUUUCCGUUUCGUCCAUCGAUCGAAACUUCAGUCUUGUUAUUUUAGGAAAUAACCACGUCUUGGGUUAUCCGAAACCGCUGCUGCCAAAUGUAAUAGAAGUUCACAGUCUGCAAAUUACCGGCGAUCCUGGAACACUUCCCGAGGACAUUCAAAACUUUUUGGACGAGUCGAGUGAAGGCGCCAUUUACUUCUCUUUGGGUUCGAAUUUGCAAAGCCAGCAGCUGCCGGCUAAGGCUUUGAAGGCGUUGUCCGAUGCUUUCGGUUCCCUAAAGCAAAGAGUUCUCUGGAAGCACAGCGGCCCCUUGCCCGUUCAAGCAGCCAACAUCAAGUUUGUGAAAUGGGCUCCGCAGCAGGCGAUUCUGGCGCACCCAAACUUAAAAAUAUAUGUAAUGCAAGGUGGACUGCAAUCAAUGCAAGAGGCAGUGUACUACGGUGUUCCAUUGUUGGUGUUACCUUUUUUUGGAGAUCAACAUUUCAAUGGCCGAAAAGUUGUUGAUUCAAAAAUCGGUCAGGUACUGUACGUCGACACCAUGACUAAUGAAUCUAUUGUCAAAGCUGUCAACGAAAUAUUGUACGACCCUACGUAUUCGCGUAACAUCAAACAAAUGGCUGCUGUCCUAAAGGAUGAACAGGUAAAGCCCAUUCAGAGGGCGAUCUGGCACAUAGAGCAUGUCCUGAAAUUCCCUAGUGCUCGACAUUUUCACUACAAUGGCAAAGACAUAUCGGCCUUCGAAUAUUACUCGACAGCUGCUUUUAUUCUUGGGCUUGGAGCUGUACUGCUGAGUCUGGUCUGCCUAUUCUGCCGGGCACUCACUACAUUGAUGAGAUAUCGUGAAAACACGGAAUUGAAUGAAAAAGACAAGCGACAGUGAUAAACAAACAAAAUGUCGCUUUAGAUUUCGAUGGCUCUCUUGUUUUUCCGAAAUCAAGCGGCUUGUAUCUGUAUGCGUGUACGUUUGGUUGUCAUGUUAACAGAAGAAUGGAUUCGAUAACACUUUUAUGUUCACGUUUUCAUGAGAAAAAUCUAAAAGUAUACUGACCGUAUUUGUUUUCAUUAUAUUUUCUGUUUUUCUUUGUGUAUAAACUUUGAUCUCGUGUUGAUAAAGGUAUUGAUGUAUUGCUCUGCUACUGGACUUCUACCUAUUCAUUUGCAGAGAAAGUUUUGUAAAUAAAAUCUGACGAUCUUUUAAAUGCA